CUGGACUGUCUUAAGAGACAUGCAGAGGUCGCUUGUUAUGUACUAAGCGCAUAGCACACAACGCUGAGCACUAACGCCAAGAAUACAUACACGUUCUGUGCUGCUUCGACAUUUAGAAUCAUUGCUGGAUUUGAACAUUCUGAGACAAGUCUCUGACCCCCUGCAUUGCCUAUAAUGGUCUCUGUUCAGGAUGCGACAAUGGAUGACAUUCCCCUGCAGGAUGAAACGGGGAGUGUGGAGUACAGGCUGUUGAUGGUGUAUGCCCAACGCACACGGUCAGCCAGCAAGUUCGGGCACAUAAACCAGGAAGGUGCACAGGGAGAAGCAGACGGGGAGCACACAAUUGCCACUAAUGGGAAUGACCACAAGAGACAUAAAUCCCCUAAAGGCACAAAGAAAAAGAGCAAAUGGCUUAAGCGUAUGACCCCCAAGUGCCUGAAGCCUGAAAACGACAAGAAGAAAAAAAGGAAAUCUCUUGCUGCGAAUAUGGUUGCAACAGGAACAGACAAUGCAAUAGUCAGAAGGUUGCGGGCGAUUAUUGAGAGUGAAAGAGAGCCGGAAGAAAUAUGUUAUCGUGGACUUGAAGUUAAGGAAACGGAGGAGUGUCAUUCAGAUGACAAUAAGCAACUGAUUAUGAGAAUUGCAAAGAUUUUAAGAGAGUGUGGAGACAGUUUGGAUGAGGAGAUGAAGAAGAACAGGUCCAUGUUUGAUCAAUUCCGGAGAGCAUUAUGCUAUGAUUUUUACAAGGACUUUUUAAAUACUUACCUUGGGCAUGCUGUUCCCCUAACUGAGCCAGAGGUCGAAAAAAAAAGAACGGAGGUGGCUUUGUGCUUUGAUGUCACCAGUAAACUGACUACUCUUGAUAACCAGCCAAUGAACAAAGUGCUUGGGUUUGGAGCUCAUUAUAUUAAGGAAUAUUUCACUCCAUGGGUUGAAAGCCAAGGAGGCUGGGAAAAGGCCUUGGAUAUGGAAACGGAUGAGGAGGUGGAAUGAGAUGAAUGAGAUGAGAGAGAAAAUCCAAGUGUCCUAUUGAAAUGUUAUAGUUUUUGAACAGCUGAAUUUUGAGCCAGUCUGCUACUGAAAAUAAAUUGACACACACAAAUGACUUUUGGAUGUGUUAUAAUUAUUGAACUCUAGAUUUAGUUAUAUUGGUGG